GCUUUCCGUCGGCGCAGAGUCUUGACGACAGCUUCUACUUAGAGACCUUCGUUACCACUCCCUCGGUCGGUUUGCCACCACGGUAGAAGCUAUGUUAUCGCAUUCCCGAUGUCUUUCCCGGACACUUGGGCGUUCUCUGUCUGCGUUAAGUCAGGGGAAUAAUGUGCUGGCUGGAAGGACUGAUUCAGGCCUAUCCGCUGGCAGCAGGCUUCUCUACAGGAACAGUCAGUCUAGAUCUGAAUCUCUGUCAUCAGUUGGUGUCUUCCACGUCAGAUACUUCAAGACGUCUUCAGCACACAGGGAUGGAGUUGUCACCGUCAACACUCCUCCGUUCUCCGAGUCGAUCACAGAAGGGGACGUCAGGUGGGAGAAAGGUCUGUGUCCUGGAUUGUUUGUGUGGAGCCGGCUUUGGUUUAGUAUGUCGUUCCCAGGAAGGUUUUGUGCAGGACAGUAAUACCUUCCUUUGGCCUUUUCCAGCUGUUGGAGAUUCAGUGAAAGAGGAUGAGGUGGUGUGUGAGAUCGAGACUGACAAGACCUCGCUGCAGGUGCCGUCUCCGGCGGCCGGUGUGAUCACGGAGCUGCUUGUGCCAGAUGGAGGGAGGGUGGAGGCCGGGAAUCCCCUCUUCAAACUCAAAAAAGGAGCUGCAGCAGCCGCUUCUGUCCCAGCAGCAGAGGCCCCUGCAGCAGCCGCUCCUCCAACCCCAGCUGCCAUCCCUGUCGCCAUGCCCGCAGUGCCUCCCGUGCCAGCACAAGCAGCCCAAUCCAAACCUGUUUCUGCAGUCAAGCCCAGCGCAGCAGCAGCAGAACCAGCAGCAGCAGCCCAUGGGGCCAGGACAGAGAGCAGAGUCAAGAUGAAUCGUAUGAGGCUGAGGAUCGCCCAGAGGCUGAAAGAGGCUCAGCAGACCUGUGCCAUGCUCACCACCUUUAACGAGAUAGACAUGAGCAACAUCCAGGAGAUGAGGAAGCUCCAUAAAGAUGCUUUCCUGAAACGACACAACAUCAAGCUGGGCUUCAUGUCAGCCUUCGUUAAGGCUUCAGCACACGCUCUGAUGGACCAGCCUUCUGUCAAUGGAGUGAUUGAUGAUACAACCAAAGAGAUAGUUUACAGGGAUUAUGUCGACAUCAGUGUUGCUGUGGCAACUCCCAAGGGACUGGUUGUUCCGGUUAUUCGUAAUGUAGAGACCAUGAACUUCGCUGACAUUGAGAAAACCAUCAACGGUCUGGGAGAGAAGGCUCGUAAUAAUUUGCUGGCUGUGGAGGACAUGGACGGAGGGACCUUCACCAUCAGUAACGGAGGAGUGUUUGGUUCCAUGUUCGGCACGCCCAUCAUCAACCCACCCCAGUCUGCCAUCCUGGGCAUGCACGGUAUCUUCGACAGGCCUGUGGCCAUCGGCGGCAAGGUGGAGAUCCGGCCCAUGAUGUACGUGGCUCUGACAUACGACCAUCGGCUGGUCGACGGCAGAGAGGCCGUCACCUUCCUGCGUAAGAUCAAGUCAGUGGUGGAAGACCCCCGUGUUCUACUGCUCGACAUGUGAUCCCCAACCUCCCAUCACUACAGCAGGGCCACGUUCAGUACACAGUACUGUUGCCUAACAUUAGAGGGAUAUGCUAUAACGCAGAUUCAGAGUUAGCCAGCUAACUUUGAUCAACAACCAGAAAUAACUGAUUGUUGAUCUGGUUCAUUAAGAAAGCUCAACUUAGAAUUGCGUUUUUGGUUGUUGGGUCAUUUUUGACCAUGCUCAAUUCAAGGUUAUCUUUCCCCCCCAAAAAAAUGUUAAAGUUAUUUCCAAAUAUUUAGGCAAGUUAUCUGGCUCUCGUUGACCCUGCUUUGUAGUAUACCCCUCAGACAGCAGUGUCGUGAAUAGAGCGGACUUGAUUCCUUCUUAUACCCUCGAGAGGGAUGUUUCAACAUAAUGCUCUAAAACGUUGUGCCCUGCUGAACGCACCCCAAAGCUAUUUAAACAUCACUCAGCCUCUGUAUAAAACCAACCCAUCCCUCCCCCCCAAAAAAACACAAGCGACAGCCAAAUCUUAUGUACUGCUUUUGGAGAGAGAGAACAAGACAAAACAGCUAUAUGGGAAUCACGCAAAGAAAGAAUUUAAUGUUGAGAUGAUUCACUUUAUUAUUGGGUGGUAUUAUUAUUGGGUGGUAUCAUUCUGCAGGUUUUGCUCAGAUGGACAUGUCAGAUUGAUUCAACAGUUGGUCAACAUCAUACGGUGUUACCACUGGCUCUCUGACGAACCUACCAGGUCUGAUCUCUCACAAUAUUAUACUGACUCUCUGACGAACCUACCAGGUCUGAUCUGUCUCAAUAUUAGACUGACUCUCUGAACCUACCAGGUCUGAUCCGUCUCAAUAUUAGACUCUCUGAACCUACCAGGUCUGAUCCGUCUCAAUAUUAGACUCUCUGAACCUACCAGGUCUGAUCCGUCUCAAUAUUAGACUCUCUGAACCUACCAGGUCUGAUCCGUCUCAAUAUUAGACUCUCUGAACCUACCAGGUCUGAUCCGUCUCAAUAUUAGACUCUCUGAACCUACCAGGUCUGAUCCGUCUCAAUAUUAGACUCUCUGAACCUACCAGGUCUGAUCCGUCUCAAUAUUAGACUCUCUGAACCUACCAGGUCUGAUCCGUCUCAAUAUUAGACUCUCUGAACCUACCAGGUCUGAUCCGUCUCAAUAUUAGACUCUCUGAACCUACCAGGUCUGAUCCGUCUCAAUAUUAGACUCUCUGAUGAACCUACCAGGUCUGAUCCGUCUCAAUUUUAGACUGACUCUCUGAACCUACCAGGUCUGAUCCGUCUCAAUAUUAGACUGACUCUCUGAUGAACCUACCAGGUCUGAUCCGUCUCAAUAUUAGACUGACUCUCUGAUGAACCUACCAGGUCUGAUCCGUCUCAAUAUUAGACUGACUCUCUGAUGAACCUACCAGGUCUGAUCCGUCUCAAUAUUAGACUGACUCUCUGAUGAACCUACCAGGUCUGAUCCGUCUCAAUAUUAGACUCUCUGAUGAACCUACCAGGUCUGAUCCGUCUCAAUAUUAGACUGACUCUCUGAACCUACCAGGUCUGAUCCGUCUCAAUAUUAGACUGACUCUCUGAUGAACCUACCAGGUCUGAUCCGUCUCAAUAUUAGACUGACUCUCUGAACCUACCAGGUCUGAUCCGUCUCAAUAUUAGACUCUCUGAACCUACCAGGUCUGAUCCGUCUCAAUAUUAGACUCUCUGAACCUACCAGGUCUGAUCCGUCUCAAUAUUAGACUCUCUGAUGAACCUACCAGGUCUGAUCCGUCUCAAUAUUAGACUGACUCUCUGAACCUACCAGGUCUGAUCCGUCUCAAUAUUAGACUGACUCUCUGACGAACCUACCAGGUCUGAUCCGUCUCAAUAUUAGACUCUCUGAACCUACCAGGUCUGAUCCGUCUCAAUAUUAGACUGACUCUCUGAUGAACCUACCAGGUCUGAUCCGUCUCAAUAUUAGACUGACUCUCUGAACCUACCAGGUCUGAUCCGUCUCAAUAUUAGACUGACUCUCUGAUGAACCUACCAGGUCUGAUCCGUCUCAAUAUUAGACUGACUCUCUGAUGAACCUACCAGGUCUGAUCCGUCUCAAUAUUAGACUCUCUGAACCUACCAGGUCUGAUCUGUCUCAAUAUUAGACUGACUCUCUGAUGAACCUACCAGGUCUGAUCCGUCUCAAUAUUAGACUGACUCUCUGAACCUACCAAGUCUGAUCCGUCUCAAUAUUAGACUGACUCUCUGAACCUACCAGGUCUGAUCCGUCUCAAUAUUAGACUGACUCUCUGAUGAACCUACCAGGUCUGAUCCGUCUCAAUAUUAGACUGACUCUCUGAACCUACCAGGUCUGAUCCGUCUCAAUAUUAGACUGACUCUCUGAUGAACCUACCAGGUCUGAUCCGUCUCAAUAUUAGACUGACUCUCUGAGGAACCUACCAGGUCUGAUCCGUCUCAAUAUUAGACUCUCUGAACCUACCAGGUCUGAUCUGUCUCAAUAUUAGACUGACUCUCUGAUGAACCUACCAGGUCUGAUCCGUCUCAAUAUUAGACUAACUCUCUGAUGAACCUACCAGGUCUGAUCUGUCUCAAUAUUAGACUCUCUGAUGAACCUACCAGGUCUGAUCCGUCUCAAUAUUAGACUGACUCUCUGAACCUACCAGGUCUGAUCCGUCUCAAUAUUAGACUGACUCUCUGAACCUACCAGGUCUGAUCCGUCUCAAUAUUAGACUGACUCUCUGACGAACCUACCAGGUCUGAUCCGUCUCAAUAUUAGACUGACUCUCUGAUGAACCUACCAGGUCUGAUCCGUCUCAAUAUUAGAACUGUACGUUCAAAGCACUUGCAUUGCUUUCUGGAAGGAACCUGGAAGUCAUCAUUUCAUUGGCCAGUGUACUGUACCAUGUGUAUCCAGUACACACGACUAAUAGAAGUGAACUUGAAAAAAGAAACGAACACAUGUAUUUUUCUUCAAAGCAUCAUGAAUUUUGUGUGUACCUUUUUUUUUUUUAACACCGACAUUUUCAUUGAGCUGUACAUGUAAUCUAUCCAUGCUAGAGAUUUAAAGGUAAUACAUGUUUUUAUAACGCUACCCUAAAGAAGUGCUCAGUCGGACAAGAUGAAGUCCAUUCUGAAGCUCCUGUGCUGUGUUGACUGGCCCAUGUCCUGGUUCUGUGUUUUGACAGAGCUAUUCAUGGGGGAUACAGAAGCCUGUCUCCCCUGUAUGUCUAGUCUCUUGGCUUCCCACUGUUGCAGUAAAGUUGGCUAAUUUUGGGGUGACUGUCCACUGAGCAGCGUUGGAAGUGAUUGGAAUCUCAUGGAAACUGCCACACACAUUGGAUGCGUCCAUAAUGGCAUCAUAUAUAGUGCCCUACAAAAGUAGGGCACUAUAUACGGAUUAGGGUGCCAUUUCAGAUACAGACAUCGUCUUUGAGCUUUUGGUAGAGAAGGGGAAUAACCACUGUUCCGUCGUCUCUCUAGAUGUACGUCUGUCUGUCCAUGAGAAGGUACCGUGCUAUAGAACACCCGGACGCUAGUUUUGUUCAGGACUUAAACAACGUCGUUUUGGGAGUAGUUUUCAAGAAGCACAAUUUAGCAGCAUGCACAAUAUAUUUGUCAUGAUAAACUCCUUAUUGAACCCACCCAGGUAAAGAGAUGUCUUUCUGUGCUGUAUACAAUGCUUCGUAACUGUUUAAAACAACUAUUGUAGGUAGUAAUGCUUAAUAACGCCACGUAAUAUAGCAUUUAUAAUGGAUUAGUAAAUAGUUUAUUCAUCAUUACUCCAUAAGAUGUUUAAUAUAGGUCAUUUAUAAACCAUUUAGUUAAGUAUUUUUUGCUUGUCCUCAUCUAAAGUGUGGGUUAUUUAUAUUAUAUAAAUAUGUAUUGUUUUGUGAGGGUGGAGACUUUGCAAACCCGGAACUCCCAGAACUAAAUCUACCCCACUGACAAAACGAUGCAAAGUUUCCGUUGUGGGUUAAUUGAGAGAAGACUGCUCUAAGGCAUGACUGCAAACCACACUUUGCUUUUGGUAGAAGGGUCACUGCCAAGAAACGCUAAUGUUCAAAUCAACCUCGGUGUUGUGGGCUUAUUGUUUUAACCGUUGAUAAAGUUCGAGGGGACAUUUUGAGACCCUUAAAGGAGCAUCAGGUACUUCUGGAAUGUCUACCAAUGACAUGUCCAUCUUUUUGGUGAGAGAUUACACUGAUCCCUCAAAACAUUUUAUAAAGUAUAAAUAGCCAACUUUUAGAUUAGGCCAUGCAAAAAUACUUGACUAAUAAUUAGUAGACGGUUAAGAAGGACUUAUAUUAAACAUCUUAGGAAACAUUAUUAAAUACUUAGUUCUUUUAUAAAUGUGUGAAUAACUAGGUUACUAACAUUUUUACAAAUGUGAGUAAUGAUGAAUAAAUGAUUUACUAAUCCAUUAUAAAAUGCUUUUAUGCAGAGUUAUUAUAAAGUGCCACCCAACAUUAAAACAUCUUAGUUUAA